AUGUUGGAGGAGCUACACUUUCCUUCAAAGUUUACUAGAUGGGUGAUGGAAUGUGUGUCAACUGUUAAUUACUCCAUAGUAAUCAAUGGAGAACCAACCAAACCAUUUGAAGCAAGAGGGCUCAGGCAAAGCGACCUAAUGUCACCUUUCUUAUAUGCUAUAGUCAUGGAGUACUUAAGUAGAAACCUUAGUGAUCCGAGAGAUGAGAAGCAAUUCAAAUUCCACCCUAAGUGUUCAAAAAUGAAUAUCACUCAUUUGAGCUUUGCGAAUGACCUGCUAAUGUUUGCUAAAGGAGAAUUAACUUCUGUAGGACUACUGCAUAGAAAGUUUGGUAACUUCACAGAUGCUUCAGGUUUACAAGCUAACAUGUCAAAGAGUGCUAUAUAUUUUGGUGGAGUACCAGAUUCUCUUAGGCAUGAUAUUCAGCAACCGCUGGGAUAUGGAUAA